UUUUUCUGUAGGCAGAGGGCGGGGUCUUUGCUGUGACUCAAUGCUGGACAGACCGAGUUACCAAGGUCGCCGCAAAGGGCUCCUCACACACUUUUUCAUUUAUCACCUGCAAGAACUACUCCCAAAGAUCGAGAAGAACAACGCGGAUGAUAUUGAUAGCAACCUGAGGUCCUGCACCGGAGAAGGUUUGCUGGAAUGGGUAACCUGCUAAAAGUCCUUACAAGGGAAAUAGAGAACUAUCCGCACUUUUUCCUGGACUUUGAAAAAGCCAAAUGGGGAAUCUGUUAAAAGUGCUCACUUGCACCGAGCUCGAACAGGGGCCAAACUUUUUCCUUGACUUUGAAAAUGCGCAACCCACAGAAGCAGAGUGUGAAGUCUGGAACCAGGUGAACGCCGUCCUUCAGGACUCGGAAAGCAUCCUGUCAGGUCUACAGGCGUACAAAGGAGCCGGUCAGGAGAUCAGAGAUGCAAUUCAAAACCCAAGUGACUUCAUGCUCCAGGAGCGCGCCUGGAACUCCGUGUGCCCUCUUGUUAUCAAACUCAAGAAAUUCUACUGUUUCUCUUUGAGACUAGAGGAGGCUCUAAAGAGUUUGUUGGAGUCCCUGACAUGUCCACCUUGCACGCCCACUCAGCACCUGGAAAAGGAACAAGCCUUGGCUAAACAAUUUGCGGAAAUCCUCCACUUCACUUUACGCUUUGAUGAGCUCAAGAUGAGAAUUCCCGCCAUCCAGAAUGACUUCAGCUACUACAGAAGAACAAUCAGUCGAAACCGGAUAAACAACAUGAAUCUGGAUAUUGAAAAUGAAGUUAAUAACGAGAUGGCCAAUAGGAUGUCUCUGUUUUACGCCGAGGCCACGCCGAUGCUAAAAACACUCAGCAACGCAACCACAAAUUUUGUGACUGAGAACAAAACUCUUCCACUGGAGAACACGACGGACUGUCUGAGCACCAUGGCCAGCGUCUGUAAAGUCAUGUUGGAGACGCCGGAAUAUUCAAGUCGUUUCAGCAGCGAGGACACUCUCCUAUUCUGCAUGAGGGUCAUGGUCGGCGUCAUCAUUCUCUAUGACCACGUUCACCCCAACGGUGCCUUCAACAAGUCCUCCAAGAUCGACAUGAAAGGCUGCAUAAAAGUGCUGAAGGACCAGCCUGCAGACAACGUAGAAGGCUUGCUGAAUGCGCUCAAAUUCACCACAAAACACCUGAAUGACGAGUCCACUCCAAAAAACAUCCGGACGAUGCUCCAGUAAUUUCAAAAAUUUUUAAUGGCAUAAAACUGAAGAGGAUCAAUGCUCUGACCUCAAAUAAGAUGUAUAUGUUUACAUGAUUUCAAAGAGCUGGUAACACUUUGCGUAGUCAUUCUCUCCAAGUUAAAGGCGCACAACAAGAUUUCCCGCUUCCAUUAUUAACAGCUGAGAGAGUGUUUUGCAUUUCUGCCUUGUAGAAUGGAGGUUUCCUCUUAAAAUGCUCCAAUUUUAUUUUACAUGCUUCCAUAUAUGCACACAAAAAUGGUGACUUGCUAUCCAAUCAAUCUGUGCAUGGAAUGAGAUCAAUCAAGAACAUGUUUAGCUGUGGAGGCACGCGAGGGACUGACUGCUUAGAUGAUGCCACACAGUCAAUUGCAUGUUUUGCUUUCACUGAUUCGGUUCUUUUGUGUCAAAAGUAAGGCCAAAAAUCUUAUUUAAAUGAUGUGUGAUGUAUUUUAAACUAAAAACAACCCCCUCUUUUAUUCAUGUUCUUAUUUCACUUGUGUUAAUAUACUGAUCAGUUGCCAGUUUUGAAAGAAUUUUUUUAUGACUUGUUUCACUUUGAGGGGAGUGAAUUACUGUAUUUGUAAAUUAUUACCAAGAUUUUUUUGUAAUGAAUUUUUAUUCUGCUCCCAUCCCCUAACUGUGUUUUUAAUUGCCUUAAAAACAUUUUGAGCUACUGUACUCGUUCGACUUGUCUUAAAAUGGAUCUGCUGUGUCAAAUGUCAUGUUGAUGACAAUUGUCAUUGGUAUCAUUACAUUGAUGUAGUGACUCUGAAUCAGCUUGGUUAUCAAGAAUUAUUUUAUGGCUAAUCCAUCUGAUUUCUGCUAACGUUGCAUCAGGGAGCUCCUCAAACCAGAGCAGACAAUCACACCAUUAAGUGAACAUUUUUGACUUGAUUUCCACUUUAAGCCUUAAAGAGCAUGUAUAAUGAAACAUCCAUAAAUAGGAAUUACUUUUGACCGAAGCUAUACUCGAUCUGAUUCGAUUCCAAUUCAAUCACCAUUCAUUUCAAAUGUGUCUUGUUCAUUUUGGUCACUGUCUUGUGGUAUUUAAUAUGUAUGUGCACACAUGAGCCAUACUUUGUGUUCAUCUGUGUAAUGACAACAUUCACCUUUGCUGUCAUGAUCAUGAGACAUACACGAAACUCUCAUGUUGAAUGCAAGAUUGCUUAUUCUACAAAUUGCUUCGGCUUUGUAUUGUGUUGCUGAAAGGGUUGUGUGAAUUGGAUAAUAAAGGUGGUACAUUUCCUACUCAAAAUAUGAGAAAUAUA